CUUGCAUCGACGGUCAUCUUCUCUGAUUCAAAACAGCGAAUUCCCGGAACCCUAAAGAAACCGCACUGCCGUUCUUUUCGAAGAACGCACAAACGCAAAAGAUGGAUAAACCCAGGAAGCGCGGCCGCAAACCCAAAAAGACGGACGCCACAGCUUCCGAAACAAUGGAUUACCAGCACACCAACCCGGCAUCCAAAAACGAUACCGUUUCGCUUCCCUCUUCUUCCGAUGCUCCCUCCAUCUCCCCCACUCCUACAACUACAAACGAUCCUUCUCCUUCUCGUCGUGGCCGUGGGCGUCCACGGAAAAUAGGGAAGCACGUGGAUAGCUCCGAGCCUAAAAUCUCAGCUACCUCUCCGGAGCGGAGGUUGGGUCGCGGUAACGAAUUGAAUGGAGAGUUAGGUUUGUCAAAUGGGGAAACAAGGCAUGGCAUGGUGGGGGUAAUAGCGGAGGCGCAGAUACCUUUGUUGCCGUCGCGGUGGGACAGCGUGAAGAAAGCAGCGUCUGCAAUGGACGCGGUGGUGAAGGUGUUCUGUGUGCACACUGAGCCUAAUUUGUCACUGCCGUGGCAGAGGAAGCGACAGUACAGCUCCAGUAGCAGCGGGUUCAUUGUCGCGGGGAGGCGGGUCUUGACUAAUGCGCAUUCUGUAGAGCAUCACACGCAGGUAAAGCUGAAGAAGCGAGGGUCUGAUACCAAGUACCUAGCCACGGUUUUAGCUAUUGGGACGGAAUGUGAUAUUGCAUUGUUGACAGUUAGCGAUAAUGAGUUCUGGGAGGGAGUUUCACCUGUUGAUUUUGGAGAUUUGCCUGCACUCCAAGAUGCUGUAACUGUUGUUGGCUAUCCAAUUGGGGGUGACACGAUCUCUGUCACAAGUGGUGUUGUAUCACGCAUGGAGAUACUUUCCUAUGUACAUGGGUCAACAGAGCUUUUGGGACUGCAGAUAGAUGCAGCUAUAAAUUCUGGGAAUUCUGGUGGACCUGCUUUCAACGAUAAGGGCAAAUGUGUAGGUAUCGCAUUUCAGUCGCUGAAACAUGAAGACGCAGAGAAUAUUGGUUAUGUGAUUCCCACUCCUGUUAUAAUGCACUUUAUUCAAGAUUAUGAAAAGAAUGGGGCAUAUACAGGGUUUCCAAUUCUUGGAGUUGAGUGGCAAAAGAUGGAGAAUCCUGAUUUACGCAUGUCUAUGGGGAUGAGUUCUGAACAAAAGGGUGUUCGUAUUAGAAGAAUCGAGCCAACUUCUCUAGAAUCUCAGGUUCUCAAGCCAUCAGAUGUUAUCCUUAGCUUUGAUGGUGUAAAAAUUGCCAAUGAUGGAACAGUUCCAUUCAGGCAUGGAGAACGUAUAGGUUUCAGUUAUCUUGUUUCGCAGAAGUACACUGGGGAUAAUGCUGCAGUAAAGGUUCUCCGCGAUUCACACAUACUCGAAUUUAACAUAAAACUUGCAAGUCACAAAAGGCUUGUUCCGGCACACAUCAACAACAAACCUCCAUCUUACUACAUCAUUGCUGGAUUUGUUUUCGCAGCUGUAUCUGUUCCAUAUUUGCGAUCUGAGUAUGGAAAGGAUUAUGAUUUUGACGCCCCAGUGAAACUGCUGGACAAGCAUUUACAUGCAAUGGCACAAUCUGUGGAUGAACAGCUUGUCGUCGUUUCGCAGGUGCUUGUGGCUGAUAUUAAUAUUGGAUAUGAAGAGAUUGUGAACACCCAGGUUCUUUCCUUCAAUGGAAAGCCAGUGAAGAACUUAAAAACUUUGGCUCACAUGGUGGAGAGCUGCCGUGAUGAAUUUUUAAAGUUUGAUCUGGAGUACCAGCAGAUUGUGGUCCUGAAGACCAAAACUGCUAAGGCAGCAACUUUAGAUAUCCUUGCUACACACUGCAUCCCUUCAGCUAUGUCCGAUGACCUAAAACCAUGAGAAAUAUUUAUGAAGGCGGCUUGCGGAUCAGUUUUCCAUUGGAUGCUCGAUACAUCAUAAAACUCAGUGUGUUGGAAUCUUGUCAUGUAAGUGAUACAUAAUUGUCCUUUGGUUUUUCACUUGAAAUGAUAAAAAGGUUGUAGCUAUGCGGCUGGGUAGCAUGUAGUUGUACAAGUUUUGUCAUGCCCUAACAUGAGCUGCGGGCUUAUUAUAUCUUGUCAAUUAUAUUCAAAUUGUCUUGUGGACGCUAGCAUGUAAGGCUAGUUCUCCAAGUCCAUGCCCAUAAGAAAGAAAAAAAACUGGCGAUUUUCGUUCUUAACUUCGGAAGAACAGUGGCAGAAAUGUGGUCUUAGCAUUUUUACUGGCAGAAUGGGAAAAUAAUAACAAUGGGAUGCCAAUUACAUAUA